UGAAAUAUUGAAGUGCCAGACACCAACAUGAGUGUGACAUCAUGGUUCCUAGUGAGCAGUACAGGCAUUCGCCACCGGCUCCCUCGGGAGAUGAUAUUUGUUGGCAGAGACGACUGUGAGUUAAUGCUCCAGUCUCGCAGUGUGGAUAAGCAGCAUGCUGUCAUCAACUAUGACAAUGAGAAGGAUGAGCACUGGGUGAAGGAUCUGGGAAGUCUGAAUGGGACCUUUGUGAACGACGUGCGGAUUCCCGACCAGAAAUACGUCACCCUAAAACUGAAUGAUGUGAUCCGCUUUGGCUACGAUGCUAAUAUGUAUGUAUUAGAACAUAUUCAGCACAAAGUCCCAGAAGAAGCACUAAAGCAUGAGAAAUACACCAGUCAGCUUCAAAUGAGCUUUAAAGGCACAGCAAUUAAAAGGGCCGAGCAACCCAUGGAACAUGGUGGAGACAGUGAAUCGCCCCAGGCCAAGCUGGAGAAAGGCGAGAAAAAAACAAUUACAGAGACGACAACCACUUACCGAACACCCCUUUAUGGCCAGCCGUCAUGGUGGGGAGAAGAUGAUGCCAAUAAUAAGUUAGAGUCAACAGAUGACAGAAGGCCAGAGGAACAAUAUACAGAAAGAACAAAAGACAUAGCCCAACGUGAAGAAGAAAUCAACGGCAACAUCACUGGUUACCGAGAUUCUCAAGGUGAGGCAGUCUACUCCUUCCGAAGGGAGCCGAGUUACUUUGAAAUCCCAACGAAAGAAUUCCAGCAGCCGGUGAAAUCCCCGGAGACGCAAGUCCAUGAGAUCCCCACCAAAGAUGUUGACACGACAGUGAUGCCUGUCGUGCAGAGCCAUGCAUCGUUUACCAUUGAGUUUGACGAUUGUACGCCAGGGAAAAUCAAGAUCAAAGAUCAUGUCACCAAAUUUUCACUCAGGCAGAGGCGAAACCUGGGUAAGGAGGCCAGUCACGUGGAAAUGAUAUCAGCAGAGAACAAAGUGGCCGAUUGGUUGGUGCAGAAUGACCCAAGUCUCAUGCGACGGCAGUCUCCGGGUGAUGAUGUAUACAGCACCAAAAGUGACCUCCCAGUCCAUGUGAGGACUCUGAAAGGCAACAGGCAUGAAGAUGGAACACAAAGUGAUUCAGAAGACCCUGUAGCACCCAAACCAGAGAAGGAGAUACCUGUCAAUGACCAUGUCACCGAGCAAGCUAGACUCCAGCGCCAAAUCCGCCGGGACCCCCAGGAACUUCUCCAUAACCAGCAGGCUUUCGUCAUCGAGUUCUUUGAUGACGACACUCCUCGGAAGAAGAGGUCACAGUCUUUCACGCACAGUGGUCACUCUAUUCAGAAUGACGUGGAUCCAGCCAUGAAGACCAGGGUGGAUAAACGCAAGGUGACCGUACCUGCUGAGAAACCAGGGAGCUGUCUACCAUCACCGCACCUGCCUCCUGUUGGAACCAAAGGGCCAAGCAACUCUUUCAGCACUCCAAGGGCUGGUUCUUUUAAGAGGGAGAAGACAGAGGACCGGAUGAGUUCUUCUUCAUCAUCUACAUCAAGGACAUCUGUCAAAAACCAUGGUAGUGUUGGGAGAAAGUCCAAACUUUCUCAGGAUUUUGCCGCAGAGUUAAGGGAAAGCGCGCAAGCUGCAAAAACCAACGCGGAGAAGCCGCCAUCAUUUCCAGCACCGCUCACCCCACGAGUAGUCGGGGAACCAUCAUCAGUACCUGAAACAAUUCCUGUGCCGGCUGUGGAUCCAGCAUUGAUUAAAGCUAGGAAGCAUGAGGAGGAGGACAGUUUGAGUGAAACGGGCACAUACACCAUUGAGACAGAGUCACAAGAUAAAGAAGUAGAAGAAGCUCGGAAGAUGAUUGAUCAGGUUUUUGGUGUGUUGGAGUCUCCUGAAUUUUCCAGAAAUUCUCCAGCCUACAGGCCUGUUAUAAAAGGCGAAAAGGAUGAACUGGGGUCCCAUCAUUUGAUCAGAGAGAAUGGCUCAAGUCCGAAGAUGACCAUGAUGCAGGUCAUCGCUUCCAAAGUGGCCAGUGGGCAUCAUUCAGACAUGCAGCUACCGCCUGCUUCUCAUGGAAGUCAAAAGUGGGUGUCGAGAUGGGCAAGCCUUGCCGAUACCUAUACUGACUCAGGGUCUGCUCCUGGCACUGGUGAUGCCCAUCAGCAAGCUCCUGUCUCUCAGGCUGGCACAGAGAAGGAGACCAGUGCAAGAGUGGGAGAGUCAGAAGCUGCUGUCGCCUUACGGACGAGGCGACUUCUUCCACAGCUCCCUCCAGGUGACAAAUCUGAAAGCCCAACACCCACCAUCUUAAUUUGUCAUGAGCCCUAUCCUGAGGUCUUGCCAAGGAAUGCUGCUCAUGACCUCACCGCGGAAACGUGCGGAGACCCUACCGACCGACUGCUUAUUCAGGAGGAUUUGGAUCCUGACAGUCUUAGCGAUGCAAGCAGAUCUGACGACGGCUUUGGAUUGGAGAAAGGCAGGAAAAGCCAAAAUGGCACCAAGCGGAUGGAACAGGAGCAGGAAAAGCCUGAAAAUACGAAAUCCAAAGGCCGACAGCAAGCUGUGCCAAAGCUUUCCUGCCUAAGAGCAUCAAGUGAUCCAUUGUCAACAUCUUUUUAUAUUGGUGAUGAGGAAGAGGAGGGGGUUCCUUCAAAGAUUCCACCGAAUGCCCCUCGAACGGAGAGAGAUGAGGCGCCUUUUAAAUGUGGAAAGCCAGCGCCCAGAGGUCUUAGCAAUACCUAUAUUAGCUCAAAUGGGAAAAUGGUCCUCUCCUUACAUCAGGGUCUCCCUCUAUCAGAACAGGAACCUGUCAGUUCAAAAGAAGUGUCUUCCUUUGUUCGACAGGAAAGCUUUACCAAAGAGAAAUCGAGCAGCAGCGUUCCUCAUAACAGGUUACCGCAUAUCUCAAGUCACCCUCUGUUGAAAGAUCUGGAUGUUGCACGAGCAAGUCGUAUGGACUUCAAUCAGGACACCCACCUUCUCCUUAAAGACACGGAAACUGCUUUGGCAGCUCUGGAAGCCAAAAUCCUCUGCCAAACACAACAGCCCGAUGCUCCGGAGACCCCUGUCGGCCCGUUAGAGGACUCCUUAUCAGGAGAGUCUGACGUGGACACCUCCAGCACCGUCAGCUUGUUGAGUGGCAAAAACCUUCCCGCCCACCCGCCCAAGCGUAAAGCUGCGGCCGCUUUGCAGAAAGAGAAGUCUAAUUCUGCCCCAUCCGUCCAAGACCACGGAGCUCCGCCGAGCGCACGGGAAAGGCUUUCUGAGAAACGGAAAACUCUCCCCCCUGAGUCUGGGAACAAAAGUGAAAAUGUGAAGCGUUUCCAAGUGAAACGCAACAUGGGGGCGAGCGGGUCUCUAGAGGGCACCGAUGACGAGCGAAGUGGUAGCCUCCCCUGUUCGCCAGCGACAGAAGUCGCUUCCUCUGACCAAGAACAGACCAACCCAUCCAGGCCUCUCUCCAGAAAGAAGCCCUUCUCGCAGUCCACCAAAGAAGAACAGAGCAAAGUGACGCCAACGGCGCAAAAGAUUCAACAAGUCCUCACGAGGUCCAAUAGUUUAUCCACCCCAAGGCCCACAAGAGCCUCAAAACUUCGCCGUGCCCGGUUGGGAGACACCUCAGAUAAUGAGAGUGCUGAUACCGAGAAAACGGCGUCUCAUCCUGAGGGAACAGCUGCCCCUUCCAAGCAACCUGUGGAGACCAAGAAACUGUCCAGACUCGACAUCCUUGCCAUGCCAAGGAAGCGGGCAGGAUCUUUCACGGUACCAAGUGACUCCGAAAGCACGCCACCUAGGCCAACGUUCUCUGGGCGUAGUGCGGAGUCUUAUUAUUCCACCCGAAAGCCACCGGUUUCAGAAGCUAGAACGGCUGCUAGGAAGACAGCGGCAGUAGCUGCUUCAAAACAGCCUUUGAUCAGGACACGUUCAAGCAGUGUCAAAUACUCUUCUGCUUCCACUUCACGGCGGCGACAGCAGGGCUCAGAUUAUACUUCCACUUCCGAGGAGGAGUACGGCUCAAAUCACAGCUCUCCUAAACACAAACGCUCCCAUACUUCAACAGCCACCCAGACCCCGAGGACCCGAGGCGCCGGCUUGAAUAAACAGAAGCACAGCAACAGCCGAGAAACGGAAGACGAAGACUUUGAUGAUCACGAUCCCUAUAACUUCAUGGCACAGACGGCAGAGAUUGCAGAAAUAGCCAGAUUAAGCCAGACCUUGGUGAAAGAUGUGGCGAUUCUUGCUCGGGAGAUUCAUGAUGUUGCUGGAGAUGGAGAUUCCCAAAGCUCAUCAGGAACGGGACCGAGCACCUCCCACAGUUCUGUGCCUAACACCCCUGCUUCUACCAUAUCAGCAAGGGAAGAGGUAAGACAGCUGCUUAAGGCUUCAAGUCUAAAUUACCGGAAGGUGCCUCCUGGUUCAAUGGGAUUCCAUGAUUUUGACCAAAAUAUGAAUGAUAAUCGAGAUGAAGAUCCAACAAGAAAGACAAGGAUAAGAAACAGGGAAGAGGUCAUCUUUGAUAAUUUGAUGCUAAACCCAGUGUCCCAGUUGUCACACACGAUCCGAGAAAACACGGAGAACUUAGCAGAGAAAAUGAAAAUUCUGUUCCAGAACACUGAGCGAUCCUGGGAGGAGAUUGAAGCCAAAAUUAACUCUGAAAAUGAAGUGCCAAUUCUGAAGACUUCAAACAAGGAAAUCAGCUCUAUUCUAAAGGAGCUACGCAGAGUCCAGAAACAACUUGAAGUUAUCAACGCCAUCAUUGACCCAAGUGGAAACUUGGAUAUGCUUGCCAAUAACAAAACGUCUUCUCUGACACCGCCAUCUUCAGCUUCUAAAGUCAGGACUGCUAACAACAUUUCUGGGUCUGUGUUGGAAGCGUUGUCCCCUGUCAAGAAAAGAAGUUACACCCAGAAGUCGAACUUUGGUUCCACUAGCCUUCAGGAUACUACAUUUGUUCCAGACGGGGAUAAAUAUGUGAUCUAACAGCAUCUUUUUUUUAAUUAUUGCUUACCCUCUUGUAUGUAAUUUACCCGUGGCGUUAGUAUUGUGUAUGAGUGGUUGUGGGCAAGUCUGCGUGGAGCAGUUGUUUAGAUUGCUAACACAUUGCACAAAAGAAGAAGAAAAAAACCCAAGGUACAAUCUAUGCUGUGUGGGGUGAGUGGCAGGCCUAUGCAUAUGCCUUUUGAAGGUUAAAAAAGACUAGCACUGUGGAACAGCACAUAUUCAGCAUAGAGGCAGACUCUGAUUUUUUAAUAGAAAGCUACCAAUGUGUGAUUCCAAUGUGCCAUAGCAAAACAGGCUUUGCAUAUUCUUCACUCCAUACUGCCGAAGCACUAUAAUGUUCUUGUAUUUAACUUGUUCACCACUAUCUGUUUGGUUGUAUAGAAGCUCCGGUUUGAAAAUGUACUUUUUGCAGGGUGGCAGUGACUGGCUGGUGCUGUAUAUUUAAUUUUAAAUAACAGACUAUUAAAGCAUUCGAUCAGAAUUUACUUUUUCAUUGCCUGGCUGAGCAGUCUACAGUGUGGCAGGUGUCUUUCAGAAGACAACGAGCAGUUAAUUGCGAAACCUUUUCAAAUAAGAAACAAAGAUUGCAUUGAAUCAUUCUGCUUCCAAACGUAAUGGCUUUUAUUACUUCCCCUGGAAAUGGGUAAUAAAAAGUGCAGAGGAUGGAGAGCCAGUAGUUAAGUUUGGAUUUUUGCUUUUCUUAUGGUCUUCAUUAUUCAGUUGAACAGUUGUUUUCCAAACGUUUUGGCGUAGGAGAGACAAGUCAAUGACCAGGUUUGGGAUGUGUCUAGCAAGAUUGCCAAAUUUAUAUACCAUUUCAUGAGAGUUACUGUGUAACAAAGCUUUUAUGUGGUCAUAAUGUCUUUUUAACACAAUCUACAGAAACCUCUGUUUGCUGCAUAUAAUUUCAGAGGGACUUAAGAGAGUAGGUUCCAUGUCUGGG